UUAAAUCUCAUCCACCUCCUGACUCUGAACACAAGGAGCAGCUUUUGGACUGUUGGAUGGAUGGCUAAUGUGGCAUUUAAAAAGUGUUUUCCAUUUUGCUACUUAAAACUUGGCUUUCCGUCACAUUUUUGUCACUGACUGAAAAGUUGAGGCGGAGAAAGCUACUAUCGAGAGGCCAAAACUUUGAUCCUAUUGAUGUGCUGCAGGAGUGUGUGCGGUUGAAACCCAAGCUGAGGAACAUGUCAGACUUUGUGAACUAUUCUAAGCAUCGGUUGCUGACUCUGAGGUGAGGGGGAGGCGAGGGUUUAUGGGGGGGCCCCUUAUGCGUCUCCAUAAGAGUUCUCAGCCGGAACAUACAGCCACCGCAAGCACUUUCUGAUGCAGAGUUAAUUAAUUGUUGGUAAAAUAAAUGAAAUUAUGUUUAAUUUAUAUGCUGUUCUGCUCAGAUGAUCUUUUUUUGUAACGUUUUGUUUUAAAAGUUGAAUAAAUUAGUGAAAGAAGGACAAAAAUUCUGGAUUUUCUCAGCAAUGUUCCAGUGAAUGUAGAUUGUUAGGAAGUAAAGUGACCUUGGGACAGUUUAUUGAGGGCAGAACAUAAUUCCUGAAGGGACACAUGGUCUAGAGUGACAAGGCCAUCUGCUUUUGCGCCAGCACCAAGAGGAAGGUGGAGGGGGUGGGAUGGAGGGUUGCUGAGAAUUCCUUUGGCUUGGGUGUGGAGGAAGGAGAUAUUCUGGGAUAUCACCGUUAGCACCCAGCCGGGAUACAAGAUUUUUCACAUGGAAAUCUGAAGGAGGAGAAUUUUUUUCAUUCUUUAUGGGACUGAAUUGUUGUCCAGUCGGAAGGAGAUGACACUUUCUUGGCCUUUACAAUUCAUUUAGUGAUCAUGGUGUCGGUGUGUCGCCGCUCUGGUUCUGCGGAUCCAGUUUCCCCCGCGUCUCAGCCCAGCCGGAACUGACAGAAGUGGGAUUUGGUUAGGCCUUUCGGCACCAGCCUCUCUCACAGAAUCUUCUUCAAGGAUCUCCUUUCGCCUCGGAUCUACUCCCUAAAUGCCCUGUGGAAGCUUUUGCGCUUGAAACGAAUGAAUAUUUUUAUGAGGCACCUUGCAGCAGAGAUGGGUCAGGACCAAACGAAACAACAGAUCGAGAAGGGCCUGAGAUUGUACCAGUCCAACCAGACAGACAAAGCCUUGCAUGUUUGGACAAAAGUGCUGGAAAAAACCUCUGAUCCUGGAGGGAAAUUUCGGGUGCUGGGGUGUCUGAUCACAGCUCACUCAGAAAUGGGAAAAUACAAAGACAUGCUUAAGUAUGCUCUCGAACAGAUAGACACAGCCAGAGAAAUGGAGGACCCAGACUACCUGACUGAAGGCUACCUGAACUUGGCACGCAGCAAUGAAAAACUGUGUGAGUUCCAGAAAACAGUCUCUUACUGCAAAACCUGCUUAAACAUGCAAGGUACCACUGUAAGCCUGCAGCUCAACGGCCAGGUAUGUCUUAGCAUGGGCAACGCCUAUCUCGGCCUCAGUGUCUUCCAGAAAGCACUGGAGAGCUAUGAGAAGGCCCUGCGCUACGCACACAACAACGAUGACAAGAUGCUGGAGUGCAGAGUCUGCUGCAGUCUGGGAAACAUCUAUGUUCAGCUGAAGGAUUACGAAAAAGCCCUUUUCUUCCCCUGUAAAGCGGCUGAACUUGUCAAUGAUUAUGGUAAAGGGUGGAGCCUCAAGUAUCGAGCCAUGAGCCAAUACCACAUGUCUGUGGCCUACCGGAAACUGGACCGCCUGGCGGACGCCAUGGAGUGCUGCGAGGAAUCCAUGAAGAUUGCUCUGCAGCACGGUGACCGUCCUCUGCAGGCUCUCUGCCUCCUAAACUUUGCAGACAUUCAUCGCUACAGGCAUGCUGUUGAUAAAGCAUUCCCUCGAUACGAUUCUGCUCUGGCCAUCAUGACUGAGAUCGGAAACCGCCUCGGGCAAACACAAGUGUACCUGGGAGUUGCAAAGUGCCAGCUUCUGAAGAAAGAACUUGAUAAGGCUCUUGAGUCUUUACAGCGAGCACAGGAGUUGGCAGAUGGAAUGGGAAACAAGCUGUGCACCCUGAAAGUCCACUGCCUGAGCGAAGGAGUCUAUCAAAGCCGCAAGCAGCAGGAAGAAGUCAGGGAGCAGGUGGUCAAGUUCCUGCAGUGCGUGGAGGAGCUCGAACUCUAUUGCGGCAUUUGUGGAGAGUCUAUCGGGGACAGAGACCAAAAACUGCAGGCCUUGCCCUGUUCCCACAUCUACCACCUCAAGUGUCUGCAGACAAACGGGACAAAGGGUUGUCCCAAGUGUUUCAAGUCCUCCAUGAAACCUGGAUUUGUUUGAUUUGGAAGGUGGCACUUUUGCAAUGGAUCCUGCAGACGCAGCACAAUCCUUCACAGGCUCCUGACUGAUUUCAGAAAAGCAGGCAGCCUCAAGGAGAGCUGAAGACGUUGAAAGGAGCAGAAGAUAACUGCUCUGUGUGAAGGACGCUGACCUGAACCGAAGGAGGUACCGAGUGCAGCUCAGAGGAGUCGGAUCAAGGCAUCCAUCUCAUUUGGACAUCAGUCCGAUGAUGGCAGGGGAGAUGCUGUGAAUCCGUCAACUUUCAAGAAAAACUGGAGAACCAACAUUUUGUUGCAGGAAAAAAAACUGUCAAAGCAACAGAACUUACUGUCUGUUUUAUGCAUGAUACCUAUCUUAAAUUUAUGAGCUAGAAAGUCGAAUUAAUCCCCCAAAAUUGUAGUCUCAAAGUUUAUAGUAAACAUUGGCGGUAGAUUAUCAUAUUACUACUAUUUUCAGAUAUUCAUUGUUGUAACGUUAAUGUACAUACCAAUUGUAGUGGUCAUUUUAUUUUUAAAGAGUUUUCCAUUUAUUAAAAGAAACUCUAAAUUCAUUCUGAAUUCAAUAUUCUAAUGCUAAUUUCUUGUUUGAUUUGCUUAUACUGUUUUAUAAAAUCUAGAAAUCUCUUAACUAUUCAAAAACUAGGAUGUCUUUACAAACCAGGUCAUAGAAACUGCUUCUGUAGAAAUUAAUUUUAUUGUAUUUUUUUCUGGGAAACUCUCAUGUCAACACAACAGGAAAUGUCUUUAUUGGUUGGGUUUUUUUGACCAAUCACAAAGUUACUCAGCUUUCUGGGGGAAAAAAGUACACACACACAUUUUACUUUGAUGUAUCUCAUUUUUGUAUAUUCACUUUCAAUGGCAUUAAGAGAGAACGCUCUCACUGGAACAAUUUUAUCAGUGAGCAUGUUUUAUUUGUGAUGCUGAUCAUCAACACAAUCCUGUCAUUAUUUAUUACAAUGUUACUAUUUCUUAAUAGUUAUUGAGUGUUUACCAAUAAUAUUCCAUAUAAUUUAUUAAACAGCUACUUUUAUGAGACUUUUUGAUUUAAGGGGGAUAUAUCAAACCUGCCUUGGUUCACACAAAUACUGAUAUGUUUAACUGUAGUAUAAAUAUGGCCAUUUUUAAUGGUAUUGUUAAUUAAUAUCUGUUGUUUUUGUGAUAAGAAAGAACACGUCUUGAAUAUUUAGAUCUGAUUUUGAAGUACACAGAAUGUUGCAAAACUGAGACUAACUUUAUUCUCGACUUUAUUAAGGAGAGACCACUGCACAGGCACUUCUAUUUCUCAUUUAUUUUGCCUCAGAGAUCUCUGCAGUUAAAAAAAUGUUUUCUAUCUGAAUUAACCUGUACGGAGCCUUCUCCAUUGUUCAUUUUUGCUCUGAAUACAGGAAAAGUUGCCAUUCAAGAGUCGAAACUACCUCUGUUUUUGCUGCCAAGUGUCAGUCACUUCAGUCACCUCACAGCUGUAAAAUCCAUUCAACACAUUUUUCUAAAUGACUGUUUUCUGGUUUGGAUUCUGACUGGAAUGCAUUAUUGUAUUUAUGCUUUUUUGUCAAACCUUGUUAUUUGAAAGCUAAAAUGUUUCAUAAUGGAAAAUAAAAAAAAGGCCUAAAAAUAAAAGUGUUAGCACAUAAUAUGAAUUUGUCACAUGUGGAGAAGGAGCAUAUGAACUUGGUAGGAACAUCUUUCAGGACAUUUAUGUCAGAAGUAUGUAAAGCUGUAAACCUGUCCUUCUGGUUCAUCAACCUUUACUGGAUUCAGUUCUUUG